UAUGAAUCGUUUCUCGCGUGUUAUCCCAUGAGAUAAUCUCCAAAGUUUAUAGCGGUGAUAAAGACUACAAAGUCAAGAUGAAACAGGGAUAAGUAACAAGUACAACUCUGUUUUUUCUAUUCAUAAGAUCCAGUUCGCCAAACGGUGCUUUGGGGGACCCCAGAUGUGAAAUAUCGGCGCGUGACCAGCGCCACCAGCUAAGGUGGCCUGCAGUUUCCCCUCAUCCCUUCACCACUACACCCGCUAAGCUGCUCGUUGCUAGCCCGCCGUGAAUUUUCUCCCGAAACCGACCGAAAGCCAUGGUACGGCUUGGCUAGUUAUUCCCAGUGUCUUUUCUUCUCCCCACGGUGGCUGACCGCCACGCCCGUCGGAGGUUUCUCAAUGGGAACAAGAAAAGCAAGCCUCGGCGGUACAGCCACCUUUGAUGGGGAGCAUCCGUCGGCUAGAGUGAGAGAACGGCUAUGUAAGGAGAUAUAAGACCCCGGAGACAAUUGGAGCUUCAAUAUUGGGCUGCCAAGAGCGCAUGGGGGCACGACAUAUCAGCUGUGCAGCGUCUGCUAAAUUAUGCGGGAGCCGCAUACAACAUGUGCCCGCAUAAAACGAAGGGGUUGAUCCCUAGCGAGCAUCGCAUGAUUUCGGCUGGGGAGUCGAGAGGGACUGUGUUGAUGGCAGUAGCCGCGCAUAUUAGAAGAAUAUCAUCCAUCAAACGAAUUUCCCAAAGCGCGUACUUUUAAGUAUCUUUUUUGUCGAUUGUUAUUUACUAGGAAAUAGUUUAUACUUAUUGCUCAACAUGUCGUGCUGUUCUUGUUUCGCUGCCCCAUUCACUACACACAAACGAAGCGCUAAUCCAGAGAGCACAGUACUUUGAAGGUCAUCGCCGACCGGUUAAUGAUUGUUCUUUGAAAACUUCUGAUGAAAUUCAAAAGUUGUAGCUCAUCAAUUCGUAGCAAUAUCAGCUGAAUGUCCAGACAGGCUAUUCGGGCGGGCGUUGAUUCGGAGUUUCGGUCGCGUAUUCAGUCGGGUAAUCGAUCGGGUAUUCAAUGCGCGCUCUUACAAUCUCUCGUAUACCACCAACUCUAUCCGCGAUCGGCUCUUUGUGAGGACACAGAUGGUCGAGGAGAUGGGUUUUUACUGCCGUUAAAACGCACCUCAGGGCUAUAAAAGGCGGAGGGGCCGUCACCAUCCUGAGUGAAGAAUCAAGAGCUCAUUAAGCAAUACUGCAACAUGUUGACCACCGACCAAGUCCAAUCUUUCCACGACAACGGCUUUCUGCACAUCAAGGGGCUGCUCUCCAAAGAAGAAGCAUCUAAGUAUCGACAAGGGAUACAUUCACUCUUCGACAGAAUUGACAGCAAAUCCUAUGAUGCAACUUGGGGCAGUGCCGGAGAACGAGGCGCGACUCAGCUUCAACAUUGCCACGAUGUACAGUUCUACGAUGCCGUGUUUGGUGCGUUGAUCAUGGAUGAGCGCUUGACCGGCGCAGCAUCUGAUCUUAUCGGAUCUCCCAACGUGCAGCUGCACCAUACCAAGGCAUUUGUCAAGCCACCGGAAAAAGGUUCCCCAUUCCCUUUACACCAAGAUGCGCCAUUCUUCCCUCACGAACGCGAGUCCAUGAUUGCUGCCAUUAUUCACUUCGACGACGCAUAUGAGAAGAAAGGUUGCGUCCGUGUCAUUCCUGGCACCCACAAGCAGGGUAUUCUACCACACAUUAGCGAAGGCAACUUUCACCUGGAUAAGCGAGUAUACCCAAUCGAGAAUGCUAUUCCUGUCCCCGCUGAAGCUGGCGAUGUCCUGUUCUUAUCAUACUUGGUUAUUCAUGGCUCCGGAGUCAAUGAGAGCAAUGAACCCCGGACGACACUGCUAAUUCAGAUGAGAGAUCCAGAGGACCUGCCUACUGUAGAAACUCAUCUUUCCAAGGGUCAAGGCACGAUGCUGAGAGGUAUCGAUCCUUACGCUGGCAAACCCAAGACGAAACCUGCGGCGCCGUCGAACUCUAUGGGUGGCUCAAUGGGAGGUAUGAUGGGAGGUUCAAUGGGGAAUUAAUUCUAACAAAUCUAUGAAAUAAAUAUAUUUAAUUAGUCGCAUAAAUAUGUAUG